AUGCCGAGAUGGGGAUACCUUCAAGAAGCUGAUGACUUCAUAGAAGCACAAAACCUGAAACCAGAUGCAAGACUAUGGUCAUCUCUUCUUGGUGCAUGUAGGAUUCAUGGAGAUGACAUUAGAGGACAAAUUGCUGCUGAGAAGCUCAUAGCAUUAGAACCACAAAACUCGAGGAUGAGAAAAUCGUUGAACUCGUUGAGAUACGGGCCUGCGAAAUGGUCUGUUAUUGCACAGUCUUUACCAGGUCGAAUUGGGAAGCAAUGUCGAGAAAGGUGGCACAACCAUUUGAAUCCUGAUAUUAACAACUAA